AAACUCUUACUAUAUGUUUAUGUCUUCAUCUAUUUCACAAUGAUCGAUCGAUCGAUCAGUACUUCAUUUUCCACUGUCAGCACGCUAGAUUUGGAGCACAUUGGGUUUGCACAGAUUCUAGGCAGGGCACGGAAGGACGCACGCUUUCAAGAUUCAGGUUGAACCCAAGCUGGACCCCAUCUUCAUGCACACACGUGAAGUUCACGUUUGUGCAUGAAGAUGAAAGAAACAUGAUCUAACUCCAAAAAAUUAUCCGUCAGGUUUUUACAGGGACCUGCUUGGUGGGAAGCAUUCAUAUAUAUGUGGUGCUACCUAGUACACAAUUGCCUAGAUUGAUAUAUGGAUGGGGACGCUCGCGACACGCGGAUAUUAUCACAGAAAUGGUCGAUAUUCUUGGCCGUUUCAAUCUACCCGGUCCCCGAUCGAGCAGGGACCAUGAUAGAUCCUCGUGGCCCCUUAUCGUAUCGUCGCAUGGCUUCGAAGGUAUCGCAGAAGGCAAGUGGCCAUGCCGUGCGCACGCAUCCAUUAACGCCCAGAGUGAGCAUAAAAACAUCAGUUUCUUGCACAUGUAGAAUCGAGCCCACAACCCUUCAGUCCUCUACGAUGUCGGACCAUCAAGCGAUUGUUGAAGCGCUCUUGAUGAAAUCAAUACUUGGCCAAGAGCUCGUUGAUACGAAGUUCCACCUAUUUUCAGGCCGCUCAGCACAUUCACGUAAAGUCUCCCAACUGCAGGCUUUGUCCACCAACGACGUUGUUCUGACAGCGCGCUCCGAUUUUUUGGCCGAGCUAUUGUCCAGAACAGGACCACCUGAUGCUACGUUUGUCGACUUCGACGAUGGUUCAGCGUUCGAGGAUGGCGUGACGCUUGAUGAUUAUGGAUAUGCUUCUGACAGCGAUCUUGAAGACGAAGAAGUUGAAAAAGCUAGUCAAACGCCAGUCACCAACGAAAACGCCGCCACCAAGGGAAACACGAGUGAAUCGGAUGAAAAUGACGAUGGUUUACUUGUUGUGGCGGAUGGUAGGUGCAAAGUUGACUCAACUAUCCACGAUCUCAUCCCACCACAAGCAGUGACACCAAUUACCUCUCCUUCAAUUCAACACAAACUAUCAGUUGUCAACUGCCGGAACAUACUAGUUCGAGACACGGCAUUCAGGACAUGGAAAGCGCUCUUGCUAUAUCUGUACACGAACAAGAUCGUCUUCUCCCCACUCAAGUCUCAGGGACAGCCCAGAGCUCAUGUGGAGGGCCCUAACCCUAGCACGUGGUGGCCUUGCUCACCAAAGUCCAUGUAUCGUUUAGGGUGUAAGGUUCGACUUGACAGUGUUCGUGACCAAGCUUUCGACGCAAUACGCAAUAGUUUGAAUGCAGAAAACAUUCUCCAAGAGCUUUCCUCUUCAUUCACAUCAAAGUAUCCUGCAAUCCUGCAGAUGCAAGUACAAGUCCUAAUCCAGCACAUCGCGUCCGCCCCUGUUAUCCAGAAUAUGCCUUCGCUGAUCAGGAGGAUCGUUGAUUCGCAAUUACCUCAUGGUGCCGAUAUUAUCAUUGAUUUGUACCAAAAAUUCCUGCUGCAGUGCCAUCCUCGAGCGCUUGCGCUUGCAAAUUCGCCGACAGAGAGGGAACCAACCCCUUCCCCACAACCGGCCUUCGGACAGAGUGCCUUCGGCCAGAGCGCCUUCGGACAGAGCGCCUUCGGACAGAGCGCCUUCGGACAGAGCGCCUUCGGACAAAGUGCCUUCGGAAAAAGUGCUUUCGGACAAAGUGCUUUCGGACAAAGUGCUUUCGGAUAA